CCAAAAUCGGAUCCUAAAACGGGUCCCUGCACACAAAUUCUCCAGUUUAAAAAAGCGACUGAUACAUGUAAGCUGUGAUUCGGGUAUUUAAUUUGACCCGUUUAUGGAACAGUAAGUCUUGUCCACUCUAAUCAAAUUGGAGUAUCAGUUAGCUGAUUGUUAAGUGUUUUAGUCACAGUUUGAUUUCGACCAAUGAGUGUUAGGUGAGGGAAUUUGAUUUUUCUCACUGCAGUUUGCAAAAGCAAAUGCAAGACAGUGACACUACUUUACCACAAGAAGAACAGCCGGCAGAGAUGGUGGUAGAUAGAUGGAAAGAGCUGCUAACAAAGAUGGUAGAGAGACGGGAAGAGCAACCGGCAGAUAGACGGGAAGAGCAGCCGGAAGAGAUGGUAGACAGACGGGGGCAAGAGGAACCAAAACCAGUGAAUAUCCCGGAACCCCCUCACUUCUACAAGAUUAUCCUAUCUCCCCAUGCCUCUAAAUUAAGCAUCCCUCAUGAAUUUGUAACAGAGUAUGGGCCCAAUCUGGGGGAUCUCGUGUUGCUUGAGGUCCCUAAUGGCGCAAUAUGGAAAGUAAAACUACAAAACACUAGUGGCAUGACAUGGUUAAAGGAGGGCUGGAACAAAUUCAAGGAGUACUAUUCAAUUGGUUGUGGUUAUUUCUUACUCUUCAGGUAUAAUGGGAAUUCUCAUUUCUCUGUGUUUAUAUUUGAUUUAAGUGCUUCCGAGAUUGAAUAUCCUCCGGGCCCAAAUGAAGAUAUCAACAAGAAGAAGGACAUACCUGGUGUGAUCCCACAAGUAGGGUCUAGGGAGGGUGGAGUGUAUGCAGACCUUACCCCAAAUGAAGAUAUCACAUCAGAGAAUCGAUGUGUCGUGUAUGAGCCACCUGAGGAAACGGUUAUAAACUUACCCCCACCCGGUAUUUACACCAUGGAGGAGUUAACAUCCAUUCCAUCAGGGCCAAAUGUAUAGAUUAUAUUCAAGGCUCAUUUUUCUCUUACUUUUAGAGCUGCACAAUGCAACAGUUACUUUUAUUUUUUAGGACUUAAGUUACGUACACUGACAGUAUUAAUAUUUUUUUUGUACAAUCAGUGAAUUCUAAUCUACUAGAUUACUAAUUGUUACUUAUUAAAGAGA